UUCAUCAACGCCCGUGCUGCGGCUACGUAUUCCUUAGAUGCCUGUACUUCAGGACUCUGCUAUGUUUCUGCCUUUUUGUCGGUGUCCUCGGCCUCCGCUUCAAUCUCAUAUACACAUCGCCGCCUCCUACCGCGAAGCAUGCAACAUAUAGUAGGACUGCAGACCAUGCAUACAGCGAGAAUAUACUCAUUGUUAUCUUUAUCUUGAUUAGAGAGACUCCCUCUUGUCCAUUUCAAUUGCGGCUGUUCAAGGUUUUGUUUCGAUAUCAUGGCACGUGGACCCCAGAAGUCUCGAUCAGACGAGAGUCUGAAAGGGAAUGUUGAUGCUGAAUCCAAGAGCAAAGAGGGCGGAGGAGUCAAGAGCUACUUUCGCGUCUUCAGAUAUGCCGACUUCACCAGUUGGGUGCUCAACAUCAUCGCCUUCAUCGCGGCAAUGGCUGCUGGCGUUCUACUCCCCUUAAUGGACGUCAUAUUCGGUAGAUUUGUUACAACUUUCAAUGACUUUGCAGUCGGGAAGUCGACGAAGGCGAAGUUUCAAGGCGACAUACGAACGUUGAGCUUGUACUUUGUCUAUCUAUUCAUUGGAAAGUUCUGUUUAACGUAUAUCCAUACUCUGUUGAUUUCAAUAUCCGCGAUUAGAACGACAAGAGCUCUCCGAAUUGAUUUCCUAAAGCACACUUUACGCCAGAACAUUGCCUUCUUCGACUCCUCGGAGGCUGGAUCUACCUCCGUGCAGGUUACCACCAACGGAAACGAGGUCAACUCUGGUAUAGCCGAGAAACUCACCCUCACCCUCCAAAGUAUCACGACUUUCUUCGCUGCCUUCAUAGUCGCCUUUGCGGUUCAGUGGAAGCUUACUCUAAUUACCAUCAGCAUAGUCCCCACUAUUCUCAUAGUUACAUUUGGAGCGAUUGCGAUUCUCGUAAAGACCGAAAGCCAGUUGUUACCCAUCUAUGGCGAGGCUGGUUUGAUGGCUGAGGAAAUCUUCUCUAGCAUGAGAACUGUGCACGCCUUUUGGCUGCAACCGCUGAUGUCUCGCAAGUACGAUGGCCUUCUUGCCGAUGCUCAGAAGGUUGGCAACAAGAAGUCUCCCAUAUACGGCGCGUUAUUCUCCAUAGAGUUCUUUUGCAUAUUCUGCGGGUACGCUCUCGCAUUUUGGGAGGGAAUUCGGCUAUACUCCAGUGGUGAAAUCAAGCAAUCAGGCAAGGUUGUGACCGUUAUCUUUGCGGUCAUUGUCGCUGCUGCCGCACUGACUCAGGUCGGCCCGCAGAUAGUCCAAAUCACCAAAUCUUCCUCAGCUGCGGCGGAGUUGUUCAAAGUCAUUGAUCGCGUUCCGGAGAUUGACUCCAUGUCAAACGAAGGACUGCGCCCGGAGAAGUGCAUCGGAGAACUCGAGGCGCAAAAUCUUCAUUUCGCGUAUCCUUCACGACCUGAUGCACCUGUCCUCCAUGGGUUGAGUCUUAUUAUACCACCCAAGAAGACCACAGCUUUGGUCGGCGCUAGUGGAUCCGGCAAGAGCACGAUCAUUGGGCUCCUAGAGCGAUGGUACGACCAAUCAGAAGGCCAUCUUCUCGUUGAUGGAAUAGACAUACGAGAGGUCAACAUAGAAUGGCUGCGCACUCGGAUGCGACUCGUCCAGCAGGAACCUGUAUUGUUCAAUGGAACAGUAUUCGAGAACGUUUCGUUUGGAUUGCUCGGCACCGAAAGGGCUGGCUUGUCUCAGGAUGACCAGUUGCAGUUGGUCAAAGAAGCAUGCAAAGCAGCUUACGCUGAUGAAUUUGUUGAGCAUUUACCAAAGGGAUAUCACACAGAAAUCGGCGAACGCGCUAUUAUGCUUUCAGGUGGCCAGAAGCAAAGACUGGCCAUUGCUCGUUCCAUCAUCUCUAACCCACAGAUUCUUCUUCUAGACGAAGCCACCAGCGCGCUUGACCCUUACGCGGAGAAGGUCGUCCAGAAGGCCCUCGAUAAUGUCUCAGAAAAUCGCACGACUUUAGUCAUUGCUCACAAGCUAUCGACGGUCCGCAACGCAGAUAACAUAGCAGUCAUUUCUGACGGUAGAAUCAUCGAGCAGGGAACUCACGAGGAACUGCUCGCUACCGAUCAUGCUUACGCUCAACUUGUGAGAGCUCAAGACCUUGGAGGAGGUAGUGGCGAUAGGGACGAAAUUAUGGAUGAAAGUUCAGACGCAGAACCGCUUGACCACAAAGUCUCACUUGUUCGAACCAACACACAGGUCGGCUCACUACAUGCCGAAGACAAUUCCGUUAAGAAGCAAGGCCAGACCAUGAAUUAUGGUCUGGUCAGGUGCAUUUUGAUCAUGCUCGGAGAGCAGAUGAACCUGUGGUACUAUUUUCUCAUGUCUGCGGUUGCAUUUAUCCUCGGUGGCCUCACAUUCCCAGCGCAAUCGAUACUGCUGUCCAAAGCGAUCAAUACAUUCCAACUCGAAGGCGCCAAACGGACCAGUCACGCCAACUUCUAUGCCCUCAUGUUCUUCAUCGUGGCUCUUGCACAAUUCGGAAUUUACUUUACCGUGGGUUUCGUGGGUAACAGAAUAGCUCAGGUAGUCUCGCGCAAGUACAGACUAGAGCUCUUCGAAAACUCUAUUCGACAGGACAUGGCUUUCUUCGACAGGCCAGAGAAUACGACGGGCGCACUUGCAUCCCGCCUAUCUACGUACCCAACCAACUUAGAAGAGCUACUGGGGUUCAACAUAGGGCUCGUCUUAAUUCAAUGCGUCAACCUGACUGCUAGCUGCAUUCUUGCUCUCGUGAUCGGAUGGAAGCUAGCCCUGGUGGUCAUAUUCGGCGCUCUUUUACCCCAGGUGACUUGCGGAUACCUUCGCGUAGUACUUGAAGGGAAGCUCGAGAAAGAGACUUCAGAGAGAUUCUCUAGCAGUGCUGGACUUGCGGCAGAGGCUGUUUCAGCAAUCCGCACUGUGUCAUCGCUCACCAUGGAACGACACAUCAUCCAAAGAUACGAAGAGAGGGUCGGGGGAGUAGCCGCCCGAUCGAUGAAGUCGCUCAUCUGGACCAUGUUUUGGUAUGCCUUGACACAAUCAAUCUCUUUUGCGGCUAUGGCCUUGGGCUUCUGGUACGGUGGCCACCUCAUCUCAAUCGGCGAAUACUCCACUAGCCAAUUCUUCAUCGUCUUCAUCGGCAUCGUCUUCUCCGGCGAAGCCGCCGCCCAAUUCUUCCAAUACACCAGCAGCAUCACCAAAGCCCAAGCCGCGGCCAACUACAUCCUCUGGUUCCGCACGCAAAUCCCCACAAUCCGCGAAACCGAACCAACCUCCCCCCAACAUUCCGAAACCACCCUCAAGAGCGACUACUCCGCUAAAGACCCCGGCCACGCCACCUGCACCGCCCUCGAAUUCGCCUACCCCACCCGCCCCAACGCCAAAGUCCUCAAAGGCAUCAACGUCGACGUUCACCCAGGCCAAUUCGCCGCCUUCGUCGGCCCCUCGGGCUGCGGCAAAACCACCAUGAUCGCCCUCCUCGAGCGCUUCUACGACCCCUCCUCCGGCAUCAUCCGCUUCGACUCCACCCCCCUGCCGCAGCGCAACCCACGCCUCUACCGCGCGCAGCUCGCGCUCGUGCAGCAAGAGCCGGUUCUCUACGACGCGAGUGUCUACGACAACAUCGCAAUGGGCCUCGCGGACCCUUCUAACGCCACGACCGAAAAGAUCGAGGACGCGGCACGUCAGGCGAAUAUACACGAGUUCUUGGUCAGCUUGCCGGAUGGGUACGGCACCCUCUGUGGCGGGCGCGGCUCCCAGCUCUCCGGCGGGCAGCGGCAGCGCAUCGCGAUUGCGCGGGCGCUGGUGCGGAGGCCGCGGCUGUUGCUGCUUGACGAGGCGACGAGCGCGCUGGAUACGGAGAGCGAGCGGGUUGUGCAAGCGGCGCUGGGGAGGGCGAAGGAGGGGAGGACGACGGUGGCGGUGGCGCAUCGGCUGAGCACGGUGAAGGAUGCGGAUGUGAUUCUGGUGUUUGAGAAGGGGAGGGUGGUGGAGAUGGGGACGCAUGGGGAGUUGUUGGGGAAGAGGGGGGUGUAUUGGGAGAUGUGUCGGGGGCAGGCGUUGGAUAGGGCGGUUUGA